CAUGCGCGGGUGGCACUUCGAUCUCAUGUAAAUUUCAACACCUUCGUUUUUUUCCGGAGAAUAGACUAAAUAAUAUUGUUUGCAAGCCAUUCUUUGUUUGUAAAUAUCUUCUAGUUUUUCCAUGAUUUCAAAAGUACGCUUAUUGUAAUGCGGUCCCUACUGGUUUUGUGCGCGUGGUUACUCGCCGUGUCAAGUGGGAAAUUCACUCACAAGGCAUCCAAGAAAUGGGAGACGCGACAAGCACCGAACACAAUUGACAAAAAAGACGCGAUUGCGGACACCAAAUCUAAUCAUUAUAAAAAGGAAGUCAUCCCUGGAGUGGACCCAAUUGUCCCGCUUUUGACCCCCAACACGUCAGUGUUACACGCGGCGACGGUCGGUGCGUAUGCGGGCGCCAAAGCCGGAGCAAGUAGUGGAGCCCAGGCCGGCGCGAAAACAGGAGCCAGAGCAGGGGCUGAGGCAGGUGCCAAGGCAGGCGUAGAGGCGGGCAAGAAAGCCGGCGAGGAAGCAGGAAGCAGAAUCGCGCACGAAAUAGCGUUAGAGGCGAUCCAGAAAAUCCUUCUUGCGCAAACCAACGCUGGUCACGUGUUUAAUGUUUUUGCGAAUGGCACCGCGCAGGCUGGGGCGAGCACGAGCGGUGGAACUGCCGAGGGAGGGGGGGAGGCUGGGGGUGAGGCCGGCGGACAGGCCGGAGGUGGCGGUCAGGCUGGUGGUCAGGCCGGAGGUCAGGCGGGAGGGGGAGCAGCAGGAGGAGGGGGUCAAGAGGGCGGAGGUCAGGGCGGGGCGCAGGCCGGCGGCUCGACGUCAGGAUCCUCGUCAGGCGGUGCGACUUCCGGUGGAGGCGGCGUCAGUGGUUCAUCUGGGACGAGUAUUGCUGGUGGAGGCUCGUUUGCUGGUGCGGGAAUUGGGGCUACUUCCGCCGGAGGUUCUUCGCUUGCUGCGGCCACUGCAGCAGCCCUAGCAGCGUCAAGUUCUAGCGGAGCAGCCUUGAAAAUAAUGAACGGCGCAAUGUACCUGAUCUACUCAUACAAUACUCCCAGCAUGCAGUUUAUCAACAAUGUGUGCAUGCGCGUGGAUGAGAAUACCGCUUACCUAGGCCAGCACUGCCAGUUCUUCAUAGCGCACGUGCCCGGCCUGAAUCUUGACCCCGACACGGUGUCUUUCGAGUCCGUCUGCUUCCCUGAUCACUUCCUCGUACAGAAAGACUAUCAUUAUAUAGUGUCCGAGAAUGACAUGGAGACGUCUUUUGUAAAAGAGGCGACAUUGUAUAUCAAGCGCCACGAGGAACUGAAAGAGACCUUUUCUUUCGAGUCCUUUCACAAGAACUUUUACCUCUCGGUUGGUGAACAGGUUUCCGAAAUGCUUUAUGAUGUGCGUGCGAUCAGCGUUCAACGCACGGCGGAGUAUGCGCAGAAGACCUCAUUCGUAUUGAAAGCUUUCCAGCCCGGUGAAAACCCUAAGCAGUAUUGUAAAGAAGAGAAACCUGCCGCGCCAAAAGAAUCUGCCACUAUCGUAGAGACAGAAAAUAAAUUUAAAUGCGUGGCACUGCGCUUCAUCAAUCAGGCUGGUGCUCCCUUUAAAAUCAUCUCUAGCUUGAAGACUGAAGGCUGGCUUGUCAAUGGCCAGGAAUUCAAGAUGAACUUUACCUUUAAGCGUCCUGAGUUGCACAACUUCAUCACCUUUAAGGCUGUUGACCUAGAGAAGAAGCUGCAGAUGUUGCUUGAUGGCGAUAGGACCAUCUCUGUCAUGCCGCGCUUCGACUGCUCACAGUACAUCGACGUGGUGGUAACAUCUGCAGAAAUCCCCAAGCCAAGUCCUCCUCCCCAGGCCCCUCCACCUCCAGAGAUUACCCCGCCAUCAAUACCCUCCCUCCCUCCACCUGCCCCGCCCAUGCUGCCCCCUGCACCUCCACCCCCACCACCACCGGCUCCGGCCCCCCCUCCCGUUACCAUACCUCCACCGUGCGUACUGCCGCCGUGCACACCUGUACCGACACCCGCUCCAGCGCCCACGCCACCGCCACAAGGAGUCCAUUAUCAUGUUCACUAUCAUCCUCAGCCAAGUGUACUUCCACCUGCUCCGCCACCGCCACCACCCCCUGCUCCACCACCGCCACCCGUGCUCCCUCCCCCAAUGAUUUGCCUCCAGCCUGCAUGUAUCCCGACAUGCACUCCGGCAUGUCCACAAGUCUGCUGCCAGGAAAAAGCACAAGAAUGUCAAUCACCAGCUUGCGUCCCGACAUGCACUCCGGCAUGUCCACAAGUCUGCUGCCAGCAAAAAGCACAAGAAUGUCAAUCACCAGCUUGCGUCCCGACAUGCACUCCGGCAUGUCCUCAAAUCUGUUGCCGGAAAUCGAAGAUUGAGCUUCUUAUCAAAAAAGCGCAAAUUCCUGAAGGCGCAAUACAAAAGCGCACAAAGAUUCCAUCGAACAUGAAGCAGAGUUGCUCGUGCGACAUGACUUGUAGUGGUGACUCCAGUAAGGCUUGUCACGAGAAAUGCAAGUGCAAGCCUGAUGUUGAGCCUGCCUCUCAGCAUUCCAGGGUCAAUAAAGUCAGUUAUGGAUACGGUCUAAGGCUAGGCUUGUCCGAGAUGCCGGAGAGCAAGAUCCAGCGGCUGGAGAAGACGUUCUCAAGCUGGAUGAAAAGUGCCGAAGAGAUGGGAACAGCGGGGAAGAAAACCAGGCUGGGAAAACACGACAAUAGUCUUGAAGGAGAGAGGUUCAAGUUUAUCGAUAAGAUGUUAAAGAACUACGAGUAUUACCGUAAAAGGGAGUCUUAUUUGGAAAAGCUGCAAAAGAAACACGCUCAGUUAAACAAACAACACGAUCAUUUGCAGAAACUGCUCAAAGCGAAGCUUCACGGUAAGGGAAUAAAGGAAUUGCACAAUACAACGCACGCAAAGGUUAACGAGAGCUCAAAAGAUCUUCAAACCACCGUCAAGGCUUUAAAGAAGAAACUAGUGGAUUUGUUGAAGCGACAGAAGAAGCUGAAGAAACAGCAAGACUUGAUUUCAUCUGAGGUGACGAAAGACGAGGGCUACUUUAAUGAGAUGAAUCAAGCAGCCGCUCUGGCAGCCAUGAGUGGAGUCAGGCCUGCCGGGCCACAAGAACAGGAGCAGCAAGAAGCGACAAUGGAGCAGUUACAGCAGAUACAACAAUACAUGAGUGCCAGACCGAUCCCAGAAUCCCUAUGGAACAUAUUCUAUCAGAAUUCUGACCAAUACGACAGCGGUGCAUCACCUCGCUCACUAGCAGACCCACGAGAAAGUGACGAAGACUUAAUUGAUAACGGAGUCUUUGGCGGGAUACCAUCGUAUGCUAAUUACCUACCGAAUGAUGGCCGACAGCUGUUCGAAGAAAGCCCGGUGAUAAGCCCGAGUGAUCUGAUGACAGGGUAUAAUGGUGGAGGUGCUGCUGGCGAAGAUUCCCGGACGAACUUCGGCAGUCCCGAUGGUUUGACGGCCAGAAGUUCAAUGAGUCGUGGUUAUGGAGAAGACUCCUCGCCUUUCUCCUGGCGGAAUGUGGACAAAGAUGAGUCUACUACGUUAGAUAAGAAAUCUACACAGCCCACUACGGAGCUAUCUCAUGUUCAUUUGAGCAAGAAGACGAAAACGGGGAAGAAGAGAAAUCGCAAACAUUAUACAAACCAGUAACAAUGAUUACAUUUUAGCUUUCAUUGUUACUUCUGUCCCUUAUAAUUUAAUAUUCAAGACCGAAAUGCUCUCAGUAUAGAAAUUGACCUCAAUCUCCUAGAUUUAGCUAGUUCUGUAAAGACCAUCUGAAAAGACCAUCUGAAAACACAAGCAAGCAAGCGAAAGAUAAAGAGACGGUGGAUAACAGUUAUGGAAACAAAAACACUUAACUUAUCACUAGAUCAUCGUUCGCGCUUAAACAUUGACAAGGUUCGUUCUAUGCGCAUGCGCGGACCUGCAGACUGAUUUUCCAAAGUCAUAAGCACCGUCGUGAACCAGCUAUCUGUUGUGACAUCGAAAGUUAUAAUCAAAUAUUUUAAUCAUAUACAUUAUAUUAAAAAGUUACCUCAUUUGGAAAA